GAUGAAUUCAUGGGCCGCUGUGUGUGCCAGCCCGCUCUGACUUCCUCUCCACGUCUCACCUGGUUCCCAAUUCGCCUAGGGAACAAGAACGCCGGCGAGCUGCUGGCCGCCUUCGAGCUCUCACGCAGGGAAAAGCCGGCAGUUCAUCAUAUUCCAGGUCAAGAGGGAGACAUCAUGACCUCCACACAUGUUCUCGACGAGUUGAUGUUUUCAGGAUUCCUCUCUGAAAACCUGCAGCAAUGGCCGGAGGAGUCGGACCUUCCGCACCUGCCUCCACAGAGAGAGCCCAACGUCUUCAUGGUUCCUCAGGGGAUCAAACCUGUCCUGCAGAGAACCGCCAUUGAGAUCUUAGCGUGGGGCGUUCGUAACCUGAAGAGCUUCCAGUUGGCCACCGUUACCUCCCCGAGCCUGCAGGUGGAGUGCGGAGGCACCAUGAUCCAGAGCUGCGUCAUCCGCAGUGUGAAGAAGAAGCCCAACUUUGACGUCAACACGCUGAUCCUUGAUGUGAGACUCCCGCGUGAGGAGCUCUACAUGCCGCCAAUCAUCAUCAAAGUCAUCGACAACCGUCAGUUCGGCAGGAAGCCGGUGGUCGGCCAGUGCACCAUCCGGUCGCUGGAGGAGUUCCGGUGCAACCCGGAGGAGGAACGAGCAGCGGUGGAGGAGGAUGAGGAGGACGGGUGGAGACGUGAGACGCCUCAUUUAAUCUCUGGGGAGGUUUUUAUUGACAUCGAUGAUGAGGAGCCGCUGGUGCCCGACCAG